UUCCUCCUUCACUGAGGCAUCUGCGUAGCGGCUGACGCUCUGUUGCUGACGGCCCCCGGGAUGCAGGGCUGGAGCCUGAUCCAGGUCUGGGCUCUACUGUCAAUCAGCCUCAGCUGUCAAUCACUGACGGACCCCAAUUGGGGUCCCAUCGACUCGCGGCCGCUACCAGAAUGGUUCGACCGAGCAAAGUUUGGGGUCUUCAUCCACUGGGGGGUGUUCUCAGUCCCCAGCUAUGGCAGCGAAUGGUUCUGGUAUUACUGGCAGAAAGCAGAAGCUGACACCCUAUGUGGAGUUUAUGGACAAGAACUACCCUCCGGGGUUCAGCUACGCUGACUUUG